CAAGAGGUGGGGGUGCUAAACCAGUCCGGGAACCGUGUUACCGGAUUUAUUACCAGCUCUGGCCGUGGGGGAACAUUGAACAAACAUUUCGUCACCGCUAGGCUAGGGCCUGCUUUUCGCCAUAUUUUUCCAUGCUGGACACGUAUGCGUCUUAUCGCUAGAGCGCACCACCUCGUCAAUUCGACUGUUUCUAUAUCCCAGCGCUGCCUGAUUUGUUUCUGCCAAACCCGGCAUACUCACAACAUUCACAAUGGCCGCCGCUCCUACACUUGAUGCGCUGGUAGACUUCAGCCAGAAGAGUCUGCUGGUGUCUGCCUGCUCGAUCGCCUUCAAUCCUCUUGCCUGGAACAUUGUUGCGAGGCAGGAGUACCACAACAAAAUCCUGACACGGCUCUUCGGCGGCAACAGCAGGGCGGCAUGCUACUUUCUUGCCGUUGCCAUCUUCAGCUUUGGCAUUCUGCGAGACCUGUUGUACGAACGCGCGCUGCGGCACCAGCCAAUACACCCCGCCCUUGACACGGAUGCGACCACAUACGCAGGCUAUGCGCUGCUGGCGAUGGGUAACGUGCUCGUCAUUAGCUCAACAUGGGCGCUAGGCAUCACGGGCACCUUCCUCGGCGACUACUUUGGCAUCUUGAUGGACAGCAUGGUCACGGGAUUCCCCUUCAACGUCACGGACGCCCCCAUGUACUACGGCAGCACCAUGAGCUUCCUUGGCUCGUCGCUCGUCUACAGCAGGCCCGCUGGAGUGUUGCUCACAGCCUGGGUGUUCGUGGUGUACCAGAUUGCACUCUCUUACGAAAACCCAUUUACGGCAGGCAUCUACGCAAAGAGAGAGAGGGAGCGUGCCGCUGCCGCCGGGGACAAGAACGAGCUGAAGAAGCAGCGUUGAUGUCAUCGCGAGAGCCGCGUGCGGGGUGUGGGCCACUUGACCCGCCUGGCCCGCCUGUUGUUGGGUCGCGAUGGUUGGUGCUGAGGCGGUGGAUGGGGAGGAAGAGGGGAAAAGGUGAUCUUAUGAGGACCCUGAGAUGAUUUUGCGGGGUCAAUGGCGCUCGCGAGCGCCGCGAGUGCAUGAUGCCAGUUCCCGCUCGGUGUUUUUUUUUUUUUUUGCUUCUUCAAGUCUUGGAUUUUCCCAAUCGGCGGCUGGGAUGGCAUCCCGGGCAUUCCGGGAUACGGUACGAGGGGGCAGUUGAGCCUCAACGCGGCGUUUUGGAGCAUUUGAUACACUCGAUCUGGCAUUCAACUGUCAUUAAAAUGGUACUUAUUUACACAAUCUACCC